AUGUACUAUUACCGUUUACAUAAUUCAGUCACACUUUGUACCUUAAAAUGUACAGAAACACGCGAAACGGCCGGCAGUACGCUGUGCAAGGUCUUCCCCAGUCCGGGCAUAGCCCGCAGCGUAUGGGCCCUUCCGCAGACGGCCUCCUGCAACAUGGUGGCCGAUACGGAUCACCCAGCCGCCUCCGUCAAUCACGAAAAAGACGGAUCGGAGGCCGACAUCAACGAGACAUCUCUCAGGAGCAUCUUCGACUUGGUCAAAACCGGUGAACUAUCGGAAAUCGCCGAGUAUGUGGAGAAAUCGGGCAGCGAGGUGCUGAGAGCCAGAGACGAAUGGGGCUACACCCCGGCCCAUUGGGUAGCCCUCGAUGGCAACGUCGAAAUCAUGCGGUACAUCGUCGAUAAAGGCGCUCCCAUCGAUUUGCCUUGCUUGGGCACCCAAGGCCCUAGACCCAUACAUUGGGCCUGUCGAAAAGGCCACACGGCCAUAGUUCAAGUCCUUCUACAAGCCGGCGUGGCGGUGAACGCGGCCGAUUUCAAGGGGCUCACCCCCCUGAUGACGGCCUGCAUGUUCGGCAGAACGGCCACGGCGGCCUUCCUGCUCGGCAUGGGCGCCUCCAACGAUCUGAUGGACAUCAACGGGGACACGGCCCUCCAUUGGGCCGCUUACAAAGGCCACGCGGACCUCAUCAGGCUCCUCAUGUACUCGGGCAGCAACUUGCAGAAGCCCGAUCACUUCGGAUCCACUCCAUUGCAUCUGGCUUGUCUCUCGGGGAAUUUGAUUUGCGUCAAAUUGCUCUGCGAAAAGAGUAACGUCGAUUUGGAACCGUUGGAUAAGAACGAUAAAACCCCGCUGAUGUUGGCUCAAAGCCACAGACACAACGACAUAGUGGAAUUGUUGCAAACGGAAAAGAAACGCAGGUCCAGCUGGUUUCCACCAUUGAACGAGGUGUGGGGUUUGUUGUUCGGCAAGGCGGGAAAUUCCAAAGCGCCUUUGAUAUUCUUCAUGAGCUCCGUUCUACUGUGGGGUUAUCCCAUGUACGUGAUAAGGUGUAUUCCUAUAACAUGGAACAUUCUACGGGGUUCUCAUUACUGCUUUAUCUAUUGGAAUGUAGUGAUGUGGAUUUGUUGGAUAGUGGCUAAUAGAAAAAAUCCCGGUUACAUUCCCAUGAAUUCGGAGUCGUAUCAUCGAUCCAUAAAGCACAUACCGAUGUUCGAUAAAUGGAAGAAACGGAAUGCCAUAUUGAACAGGCUUUGUCACACUUGUAGGUGCUUGAGGCCUUUGAGAGCGAAACAUUGCAGGAUAUGCAACAGAUGCGUGUCCUAUUUCGACCACCAUUGCCCGUUCAUAUACAAUUGCGUGGGCUUGAGGAACAGGACCUGGUUCUUCCUGUUCGUCAUGAGCAUAGCCGUCAAUUGCUCGUUCACCAUUUACUUCGCAAUGUAUUGCAUAGCCUUAGAAGGAUUCGGUCUACUCUACAUCUUGGGACUAUUAGAAGCCUUUAUUUUCUCCGGAUUGGGAUGGAUCCUCACCUGCACUUCGAUCCUGCACGCCUGCAUGAAUCUCACCACCAACGAAAUGUUCAACUACAAGCGGUACCCCUAUUUGAGGGACAAACGCGGCCGGUACUUGAACCCCUUCUCCAGGGGGCCCAUAUUGAAUCUCAUCGAAUUCUUUUUCUGCACGCCCGAGGAUUACGACGACGAUUUCGGCUACGAUUACAUCUGAUACAGGAUGAGCUGCAGCCGCGAGAAGACCGCUUCAUGAUAGAGCUUCUUCUACUUCUUCUUCUUCUUCAUCAUCGUCAUCUUGUUCUAGCUUUGUAAGUGCCCUGGAAACCACAUUUUAGAUGGUAUCGUGUGAAUCAGGAAAUUAUCAAAAAGCAUAUUUUUUUGAAUGCAAGCAAAAUAUGGAUAGGGUUAGUAAGUAAUUGGGAAGGUUUUUGAAUUUAUUUCUCGUUUUUUUUUGAGGAUGUUUAAAUUUUUAAUUUCCUGGCACGUACGGUGAUAUUCCGCUUCGAAGUGGAUUUUUGCAAUGCAAAAAUAGUUUGUUACAUUAACUUUGUUGUCGAUUUUAUAUGAGAAAAUAAAUUGUUGUCGCUUUGUAUUAAAAUUUGCUCGGUUUUAUUUUAUUAUUUCAUUCGUUUUUACCUAGGCAAGGUGAGUA